GUGUAAUAUACUGUAGUGUCAGGUCCGCAACCGGUAUCAUUGUGAAGAGCUUUCGAAAUGUCAGAGUGAAUUAUGACCCUUGGACAUGACAGUGUGCUGCGCAACUGUCAUGCUGAAUAAAGAUAUUCGUUAUUGGAUCGUUGUACAAGCAACAUCUUCCGUUCUUCCGUUCUUCCGUUCUUCCGUUCUGUCUUCCGUUCUUCCGUUAUACCUUCCGUCUUUGUUAUUAGGCUACCAAAGCCUCCUUCCGAAAAGUUAAAUCUUCCGUAAUACAUCCGUAUUACAUCUCAGAAGUGGGAUUCGCCCCGUGCUGCCGUUGUGUCAUCUUGGUUUAGAUCAUGCACAGCCGUGAUGAAAUGUUGGGCGUUCUGUCGGACGCGGGGAUUGCGGUUCCCCCUUCCGCUACCGUUGCCCAGAUCCGGAGAUUGUUUGCUGAAAUUAUGGGAAUUGACGCCACACCGAUACCAGACGAGGAACCAGCUUCCGAAGCGCCUUUGACCGAUGCUCCUACCACGUGCCUGUCCGCCAUUUUGGACGCUUCGAGUGCUACACCCGUGAAGCGCGAUGCCGCCAUUUUGGACGCCUCGAGUGCCACACUUGCGAAGCGCGAUGCCGCCAUUUUGGACGCCUCGAGUGCCACACUCGCGAAGCGUGAUGUCGCCAUUUUGGACGCUUCAAGUGUUACCCCCGUAAAGUGCGGUGUUGCCAUGUUGGACGCUACCGCAGCGGAGCGUGUUGAUGUCGAUAGUGCGGCCAAAGAAUGUAACCCGACUAACAAAUGCACCCAGGCUACUUACGAAGACGAAAUUCGCAGAUUGCAGCAACAAUUGGAGCUAGUGGAUUUGCGCCGUAAGAUUCAGGCUUUGGAACACCAGUCUGAAUGUGCUCCACCACCGAUUGCUGACUUAAAACUCGAUAAAACAAUCGAACCCUUCACGGGAGACGACGACAGAUGUAUCAUCCAAUGGUUGGAUGACCUCGAUUAUACUUUCUCCCUACAUCGUGUGAAGGAUGCUGAUAAAUUCGUUCAUGCUCGUCGGCUGCUUAAAGGAUCUGCGGCUAUCGUUGCCCAGUCAUCUCGUGCCCUUACGCUGGAACAGUUAAAGGAAGAACUCAUCUCAACCUUGAGUGUGCCGCCCACGGUUGAAGCCGUUCUUCGACAAUUACGAUCCCGUCGUCUCUCCCCAAAGGAGACCGCCUUACGUUAUGUGUUGGAUAUGCAACGUAUUGCCAGCCGAGCCCCCAUCCCGGAACCUGAAUUGAUCAACAUUAUCCUUGAUGGUCUGGAUAGCCCAUCUCUUACUGCUGGGAUGCGAUUCAUGGCAAACAACGUGGAAGAUCUGAAGCCUAUGCUUAAGAAAUUCGAGACCAUUCGGUCCAGAAGAGUCCCCAAGCCGACGACGACAUCAUCUUCAAUUCCGGAGAAAGUUCCUGUUUCGACCAAUCGAGGAGCAACGCAGAACAUCAUUCGAUGUUACAACUGCUCGGAGUUUGGACAUCUUAAGAGUGCCUGUUCUCGCCCCAACCGACCACCGGGGGCAUGCUUCACGUGUUUCCAAAUGGGGCAUAACUACAAAAAUUGCCCAAAGAAGGUCGCGAAUGCUGCUGCGAAUGCUGCUGCUCAUCCGGAUCCAAUUGCGGCUGAUGAUAAUGAAACUCUGGCAUUAGAUGAAUUACAAGAGGUAGUUCUGUAAGUUUUAUAAAUGAAUCCAUAGUGCCAGUUGGACUCCUGGCUCCGUUAGCCCCUUCUCGAUUUCGUGGCCUAGGGAAUUCCCGACUUUAUACUCGUGGUCAAGUAACGUGCCGUAUAAAAUUCAAGGAGGUGAUCCUCAAUCAUUCAUUUAUUAUAUUACCCGAGAACUCUAUGGCUUGGCCAAUAAUUAUAGGUAAAGAUAUACUCCCUUCGUUUAACGUCCGUCUUACCUACUCUAAGAAUUACGUCUCUCUUAUGCAACCCCCUCGGGGGGGAAUUGAAACCCAGAACCAGGAUUCACUAGAUGUGGCAACCAACGAAAUUUCUGCUAUUGACAUUUACGAAUCGGAAAUUGAGCCU